UUUUUCGUAUAGUAUGCACAUUAUAAAAAGUUUUAUUUGAAAAUUCUUUAAAAAAAUGUCUUUUCGCGAGGCAUAUAAAUUAGUGACUAAACAGUCAAUACGCUGGUUUCCAGGCCAUAUGGGGAAAGGAUUGAAGCAAAUGCAGCAAAAGCUAAGAUCAGUAGAUUGUGUUAUCGAAGUACACGAUGCCCGCAUCCCCUUUUCGGGACGUAACCCAGAAUUCCAGCACACUAUAUCUGGAGGAGCGAAACCUCAUAUACUUGUUCUAAAUAAAAAAGAUCUCAUAGAAGUACGCGAACAACGCAAACUAGCCAACGAACUGCAAGAACGAGAAGGUAUCGAGCACGUUGUAUUUACAAACUGUAAAGACCAACAAUGCUUGGGUGUUAAACGCAUAAUACCUCUUGCACACAAUUUAAUAUCUUCGUCGCAGCGUUUUAACAGGGAAGGACUUAAAGAGGCAAGUGUGAUGGUAUUUGGGGUGCCGAAUGUUGGUAAAAGUUCACUUAUAAAUGUGCUACGUAAUAAAACCUUACGAAAGAAAAGUGCUACUCAAGUUGGAAAUACAGCCGGAGUAACGCGUUCCGUUUUGGAACGUAUCAAAAUUUGUGACGAUCCUUUAAUUUAUAUGAUAGACACUCCAGGAAUUCUCGAGCCCCGUAUAUCAGAUGACGAAAUGGGUAUGAAAUUAGCCUUAGUCGGCUGCUUACCUGAUCAUUUAGUAGGGGAAGAACUGAUAGCGGAUUACAUGUUAUAUUGGAUGAAUAAGAAUCGUCGAUUCGAGUAUGUAAAAACAGUUGGUUUACAAAAUCCAACGGACAGCAUAGCAGAAGUCCUAGUCUCACACGCCAAAGCCUUAGGUUUAGAAAGAAAAAUUAAAAAUCUUCAUGGACAAAUAGUGCUAAUGCCAGAUGUUUUGCUAGCAGCUCGUAAACUUAUAAGGCAGUUCCGCGAUGGUGACUUCGGUGGUAUGAAUUUGGACAGAUGAAAGAAUACUUACAAAUCCA